CCCAUCUAGCCUUCCCCUCUUCUGGAAUCCCACUUGGCUGAAGCUUCAGGGAAGACGACCUGCACCCGUUUUCCCCGUCUCUUUUGGGCCUCCAGCGGUAACUACUAGGUGAAGCCGCAUCUCUCGAUCCGCCCUCCGUCCGACCUCAUUUGUCCUAACUCAUCUCAGAGGGCGAAAAGUUUUCGGCUACCCCCCCUCCGUUUCCAUCCAGAUCUUUUCCGCACGCUUUGAUCGACUCACUCGACGGUCGCGUUCGGCUGGUCGGUCAUCAAACCCUCCCCUCUUAUUUCCGCUCGUUAGGUUUUCGUUGAGGAAGGAGAGCCACCAAAAACGUCAUACGGCUCGCGACAUUCUCCGCGACUCGGUCUUGACGACCUCCCCACCCUCGCUAGGAGGUUUUCUCCUGGACUUUUUUUUCUUCUUUUCUACCUCAUGAUUUAAUGUCUUUUUGAGCGUCAUAAUGGGGAGAAUUAAGAAGGUGGCUAGCCAGAAACACGAGGCUACGAUCUCGCCUUACCUGGCGGAAUUCGUAUCUCGUGCCACGACUAUUCCGGUCCCCGAGCUUGCCUCCCACCUCCGCACAUUUCCGCGGCUAUGGCCUUUUCCUAGAGGAGACCUGUAUCAUUGGAUCAACGUCCUGAAUCGCUUUGACGAAAUCUUGGCGUCGGUCAUCGAAAAGUACGAACUCAACAAUGGACCUCAAAGCAAACCUUUCGGUCGACUUGUUCUCGUCGAGGCUUAUGCCGGUAACGAAAGUAACGCGGGCUCGGCGGAUGUCGACUCUCGACUGAAUGCUCUUGGAUACGGUCCGGAUGGUGAUAGAGAACUUUUAGAAGUCGUGCUCGAUUUUUCUCGACUCCUACUGGAGAAAUGUGGCAACCGCAGCCUCUACAGUAGCAGCGAGCGCCUGGGGGAACUUCUGAAUACGACGUCGCUGUCCCUUUUGCAGGCGACGCUGCGCCUGUCUCUCUCGUUGGCCCAACGGUAUCAUUUCCGGCAGCGCGGCGGUUCUCAUCUUCAGCAGAGUUUGCUAGCAGCCCACUUUAAUAUCGAUUUGGAGAAAAUGCAGAAGAUUGCCGCACCGUUCCCUCGCCCUUCUGCCCCCGCCUCGGAUAAAGUCACGGCAUCGUCACCCGCUCUGGGGACCAAAGGCAAAGAGAAGGGCCCGCAAACGAAGCACGACGCUAACGAUCUGGUGUCUCUCACUCGAGAAAAUGAUGGCUGGGAUGAAUGGGGCCAUGUGCACCAGCUUUAUUACCCGUCCGGUUCUUGUGAGCAGGCCAAGACGACAUCGGAAAGUGCUCAAGGCGCGGCGGCGCCAACGCAAACUCCCACCACUCCGACACCUCUGCGCAGAAGCCAUACUCACCCUACGCCACGUCUGAGUCGUUCAUCCAUCAUUGAUGACUCUCCCAGCUCGGUAGCCAAUACCCCCGGAAAGCCUGAAGAAGUACCUCGAGGUGGCAAAACCCUCGAUGUCCCCUAUUCGAAGAUUGCUUCCCCGUCCACGACCGAGGAUAUCCUCGCGUCGCAUCUGGACGAACUACCGGACGACUCAAAAUAUGAGCUUCUUCACCGGCUUCGAACAGCUCGUGGAUUGACAACAUCUAGUGCUACUCGGGAGCAGAUUCUUGCGAUCAGGAUCCUUGCGGUAACAAACUUGGCUUACGUCUAUCCCGAGUCGUUGUUUCAGCAGAAAAUUCUUCAGUAUGACAUGGAACAGCCGAAGCGUCUCCAGAUUGCCUACCAGCUGGGUGAAUUAGUUCAUCUCGGUGCAAGCGGCGAUCUCAGAGUGUCGCGGCCCCUCCAGACGCUGGCUCUUAUGGCCCUUGACUCGUUAGCUAAACAUAAAGCACGCGCGAUCGACGUCUGUGCGGCACUAAGUGUCAAUGUAAACCACGGUGUCCUUAUGUUCUUGACCCGCAAAGCAGUCAAUGAGCUGGGAUCCGAAGACAACGACGGGGAGGAUGGCAGCCAAGAUGAAUGGCGGGAUGCCUUGCUUUCUCUCCUGCGAACGCUUCCCGGAUCUAGCUCCAGAACCCCGGAGACUCUUGUUUCGGCUGGGUUGAUACCCAUGUUCGUUGAUGUCCUGAACCUGCGCACAGAGAAAGCACGCCGUGUUUACUCUCGUGUCAUGGAGUUCCUUGAUACUUUUGUUCACACAGUGCGGGAUGCACUUGGAACUCUUACUAGUGCAAAGGGAUUCGACGCUAUCUCGGACCUUAUUGACUACGAAACUAAGACAUCGUUUGAAAACGUAUCGCGCGGUGCGGGGAUCCCCUCCCAACACAAAACCCCGUCCAUUGAUUACCAGAUUCCGUACUUCCAGCAACAGACGCUUCGAUGGAUGUUUAGAUUUGUGAAUCAUAUAAUGCAGCAUAACGGAGGGGGCUUCGAUCGAAUUCUGCGAAAUUUGAUUGACUCGCCUCAACUCCUUACUUCUCUUCGAUUGGUGUUUGAACAUGCUCGGAUAUUCGGUUCUCAUGUUUGGAGCAAUGCGGUCAACAUCCUGAGCAGCUUCAUCCAUAACGAGCCUACUAGUUAUGCUGUCAUUGCCGAGGCUGGGUUGAGCAAGAGCUUUUUGGAAGCCGUUACUCUUCAGGAGCUCAAGACCCCCGAAAAGCUGCCCAUUCCGCCGGAGGACGCCGAGCCUGAGGGCGAGCCUGCUUCUGAACCAUCAACGUCAAAUGCUGUAGCUGGCCCCUCCGCAAGCUCAGAGCCCAAGUCUCGCGAGUACGAGCUCGCAAGGCCCAGGGAUGCCAAGCUGGCUCCUGGCAUCAUGCCCGCCGCAGAGGCGUUGUCCUGUGUCCCAUCCGGGUUUGGAGCCAUCUGUUUGAACGCCUCUGGUUUGGAACUAUUCCAGUCGUCUCAUGCCUUGGAGAGCUUCUUCGAAAUCUUUGAAAGCCCCGAGCAUGUGAAGUGCUUAAAGGAUGACCCCAACUUGGUCCGUUCACUGGGCACCACAUUUGAUGAGCUAGUGCGCCAUCAUCCAGCUCUGAAGUCGUCGAUCAUGAGUGCCGUCAUUGUGAUGGUCGCGCGCGUGGGUCUUUUGGCUAGAAGCAAAGCUUGGACCGAGGGAACUGGGGCUAAGUUGUGGACUGAAGACUCACAAGGGAACCCGGUCGUUUCAGGGCCCCUCCGUCAUCUUUACAGAAAGAUUGGUGCUACCAUGACGGGCGAAUCAAUCGAUGGACCUGAUCUCGGAGUUCGAAGUCUUAAGUCUAACUCUCUUCCCGACGGUAGCAAGUUGACUAUGCAGAAUGUCGACCAGGUUCUUCCGUCCGAUCACAAUGUUGAACCGAAGGAUCGGGAUGCCAACGGACUUACGGCGACUGACUAUCUCUAUCCUGUCUUGAGAUUCCUGGGGGCUUUCUUUGAGAACCAAACCAACUGCUCGCAUUUCAUUGAAUCUGGUGGUGUAGAGUUUAUUCUGGACUUCGCGACGCUGCAAAGCCUUCCGUUCGACUUCCACAACACCGAUGCCAACCAAGAGCUUACUGUCUUGGUGCACAUGCUGGCGGAAACGAAGCCUCACCUGGUCGUCCCUGGACUUGUCGAUCGCCUCGACUCAAUUGUCGAAAUGCUUUCCGAUUUCUGGCGCCUGUCCGGACCCAGGGAGGCUGGCUUUUUCUCUCCGUUGAUUAAGCCCGCUUCUGAGAAGGGCCCCGAUGCUGAGAGUGAUGAAGCCCUGAAACUGGCCAAGAGCAAUGGAACGUAUUAUGCGAAACACAUGGUGGCUGCUCUCAUUUUAACGGAUCUCCUCCGUGAGGUCUACUCCAUGCCCCUGUACCAGACCCGCCCCAGUCAACAGACUUCAGCAUUUUCCCAGGUCAAUUUGGCCGAUCGUUGGUGCUCUCUGGUUUCUAAACUGGGAGGUCUGCAUGCUGCGUGUGUGUGGGAGGAGAUUUUGUUGGAGAAGAAUAUCCCAGACACCUGGGACCAGGCAACCAAGGUGCAAUCAAACGCACCGGGCUCUGAACGGUCUAGUGAUCCCACCGCGCCGGUGAAUGUGGACGGAACGCCCAACGCGGCCGGAGCAAAUUCUCAAGAAGAUCCGAGUGCCACUGAUGCCGCCCCGACAGGGUCCAGUCAGGAGCCAAAGGACAAUGUUGCUAAAAACCCCGAAGGUGGCAUGGCUUUCAAGAAUGUUCAAGCGCUUCGGUAUCUUCUGAGCUCAUUGCCUUCAUCAAUCACGGGCUUCUUCCAUAAUAUGGGGCUUGGUUUGCUCGGGAAAAGAAGAACUGAUUCCUACCAAAAGCAAAAUGCGACAAUGGUGGCCGAGGCUGUUGCUGAGGCUGUGAUCGGGCAACUCAAACUUAGCCCUCCCAACUUGAGUGCUAACCCCAAGCUUCGAUUCGCCUAUCUCAUUGUCAUUCUUUCUUCGUUCACCCAUUUGCUCUUUGAAGCCACAGCAGAUCGUCCUCACUCGCACUACCUCACGUUGGUCCUCUUUGCGUUUAAGAGAAGCCAGGGCCUGAAACUCUUGAAAGAGAUCUGCGACACCUUCAUGCGGGAAGUCAAGGCUUUAAGCCCACCAGCCACUGUUGCCGAAUCUGAGAACGACGUCUCGGCUCGGCUUACUUCGGCCUAUGGAGGUAUCAAGAUUAUACUUGGCUUUUUCUCUGAGCUCGCAUCGGGAAAGAACAUCGUUGAUUCUAGCCAAACCCAGGCCAUGACAAGCAGUGACCGAGAACGUGAUCGGCCUGAUUAUUUCCUGCCGGGACAGUUCCUCGUGGAUCUCCGCAUGGAAAUACUCCCGAUGGCCAGAGAAAUGUGGAAUUCUGAUUUCGCAACUCAGUCCUCCAGCUCCGUUAUCAAAUGUCUUGUCGACAUCCUUCGAUCGUCACUCGACGGUGAAUACGAAACGGGGGCUGCUCGACAAUCCGACACUCCUCCGGCUUUAACAGAAGUUACAAGGAGGGCUUUCCUGGUUAAUAGAGAUCGCGUUAAUUCAUUGCAGGAGAAAGGGUUUGAUGAUGCUGACCUCGUCAAGGAGGCUAUGUACCGCUGCAAUAAUUCCAUCGUUGCUGCUGAAGAAUACUGCAAAGCACAGAACUGGUUGCUGCCGCCGUCAAGGAUGACGCCGCCCCCCAACGACAUCGAGUCUGUCCGCUCCAGCACGGCCGGCGGAGAACCGUCAGAGGACCCCGCCGUGGGAGAUGCACCGCCAUUCGACAACAGUCUCCUUGAGCGUUCUGCUCUUGCCAUGCUCCUGGCGCAAGCGUCGCGCCGGGCAGAUGAUGGAUCUCAGGAUCAGGGAGGAGCGGAAGAUAGUGAAGUUAGGCACGGUACUGAAUUCUUAGCACGAGCUUUGACCAACAUUCUUAAUGAUGAGCAUGGCGCAGGUGAGAACGAUCGAGAUGAGCCCUCGGGAAGCAACGCUCAAAACGCCGGGCCCCCCGCUGGAGAGCCCUCCGAACCGCCGAACAAUGCAGCCGGCCGGCCCUCAGGGCAACCGGCAGAGCAGCCUGUCCGACGCCGCGAGGUCACUACCGUUGAGGAUUUGGAUGCAGAGCGCGAGAAAGUUCGCUCAAACUUGAUUGAGCGUUGCUUGGACAUUUUGAAUGAGCACCAUGAUGUAUCCUUUGAAUUGGCUGACCUGAUUGCUUCGGCUACCAAGAAGCACCGUGACCCUGAAUCAUUCCGUAGGGAUGUCGGUGAGAUUCUGGUUCAAUCCUUGGUUUCACUGCAGAUGGAGAACUUCCAAGCAUCCGGUAAAAAGGUGGCCGCUUACGCUCACCUCCUCGCCUUGGUGGUUCAAGACAGAGACAUGUACACUGCGACCUUGGGAGAACUAAAAGAGUGCUUCACGACUUUCCUCGGGUUUAUCAAAUUGUCACCAGAAAGUACAUCGUCAGCUGAAAAGUCAUCCGAUGAGUCGCUCCCAUGGAUUGGGCAUGUUCUUCUCAUCCUUGAGAAGUUACUUUCUGAUGACACACAGCCUCCUCAGAUUCAAUGGAGCCUACCAGAUAACAACAAUCCAGCCGGCCAAGACGAAGGCCCGGCUCACCUGGAGGAGCCCCUUGUUUCUCGGGACCAGAAGGAACAGCUGUUCGAAGCACUGGUUGAAAUUCUUCCUAAGAUUGGCAAAGACGAUACCCUGGCCCUCUCUGUGUCUCGUAUUCUUGUCAUUCUUACUCGCGAUCGCAAAAUCGCUGCCCGCUUAGGCGAGAAGCGAAGCCUGCAGCGUCUCUUCGUCAUGGUCAAGCAGCUUUCAAGCGCGACAAACGACAAACUGCAAGGUGCUUUCAUGUUGAUACUGCGACACAUUAUCGAAGAUGAAGAGACUAUUCGGCAGAUCAUGAGGAGUGAAAUCGUUGCCAACUUCGAAUCUAAAUCGUCUCGCCAAAUCGACACUACUGGGUUCGUGCGACAAAUGUAUCAUCUCGUACUUAGAUCGCCGGAGUUGUUUGUGGAAGUCUCCAACGAGAAGCUCAAGUUGCAACGAUAUGAUAGCCGACAACGCCCGCAGGUUCUUACCCUAAAGGCAGACAGAAACAGUGGCGCACCUACGCCUGCAGCAACUCAACCGGGAGCGCAAAGCUCGUCCCGUAGCGGCGAAGAUACAGCAGGAGACGUUCCGUCUGAAGACAAAGACAAGGGCAAGAAUGUGGAACUGAAGGCCCCUGUCGUGGAGAACCCCGAUGGUGUCAUCCACUACCUUCUCUCCGAACUCCUAUCCUACAAGGAUGUAGAUGAUAAGGAGCCUUCCACCGAAGCCGCAGAUUCUGCUGCCCCAGAACAAGUGGAGAGUCAGACCGAUGUGGAGAUGUCAACCGAAGAACCCUCGCCCUCUGUGUCUACUACCGACUUGCAGGCUACGCGCAAUGCCAAGAAGUCAGACAAGCCGGCAUUCAAAGCUGAUGACCACCCGAUCUACAUCUACCGAUGCUUUCUCUUGCAGUGCUUGACAGAACUCCUUUCUUCGUACAAUCGCACGAAGGUUGAAUUCAUCAACUUCUCCCGCAAAGCAGACCCUCUCGCUACUACCCCAUCUAAACCACGUUCGGGCAUAUUGAAUUACCUUCUGAAUGCUCUGGUUCCUAUCGGUACCAUGGACCACGACGAAUCUGUCGCAUUCAAGAAGCGUAGUAACACCUCCUCUUGGACCAUGCGUGUACUUGUUGCCUUGUGCACCAAGACCGGUGAGUUUGGUGGCACCGGCAGACGCCGCGAGCAGAACAUGAACGAGGAAGAUGAGCCUGAGCUUGCUUUUGUAAGACGGUUUGUCUUGGAGCAUGCGUUACGAGCAUACAAGGAAGCGAACACGUCGAAUGAGCCCCUGGAUGCGAAAUAUUCUCGGUUGAUGUCGCUGGCCGAUCUGUUCGACAAGAUGCUUAGCGGCUAUGCCUUUGUCUCGGGCGAUACUGCUUUCCCGUCGUCUACUCGACAGCUCGCGAGAACCAUGUUCGAAAAGAACUUCAUUGCUGCCCUGACUGCGUCGGUUGCCGAAAUCGAUCUCAAUUUCCCAGCAUCCAAACGCGUCAUCAAGUAUAUCCUCCGUCCGCUUAAUAAACUUACACAGACUGCUGUAGUCUUGAGCGAGUCCUCAGAUAUAUCAAGUCUUGCGGAUGCAGAAGGAGAUGAAAUCUCGUCGGCCACCUCGGUUUCUGACAUGGAUGAUGAGCGUGAAGAGACUCCUGACCUUUUCCGCCAUUCCACUCUUGGUAUGUUGGAGCCUCGUCACGAAGAAGAGACCAGCGAAGAAGAAUCAGAGGAAGAAGACGAUGAAAUGUAUGAUGAUGAAUAUGGUGAUGAAAUGGACUAUGAUGAGGAUCUUCCAGAAGAUGAUGGCGAGGUGGUCAGUGACGAAGAAGACGAGAUCGAUGGCGUCGGCCACGUCGAAGGCCUCCCCGGUGAUUCAGGUAUGGACAUCGAAGUUGUUCUCGAUGAGGACGAGGAUGACGAAGAUGAUGAAGAGGAUGACGAUGAAGACGACGACCGAUCCGACAUGGACGACGACGAAAUCCUCGCCGGCGAGAUCACUGGCGACCGGGACAAUGAGAGCUUGGAAGAUGGUGAGGACGAUGAAUGGGAAAGCGAGGAAAUGUCCGAAGAUGAUGAAGAGGCCGAAAUCAUGAACCAGUUUGAAGAUGAACUGGCCGAUAUUCGACAAGCCGAUCAGCACGGUGAUGGACAGAGAUUCGACGACCUGUUCCGCGUGCUUAACGAAGCUGCCGGCGGUGUCGAGAACCUGCAGGGUGAUAGCCUUGGGGAUCUUCAUGAGGACAUUGUGGAUGAUGAUUUGAAUGAGGAUGAUGAAGAUGAAGAGAUCGAUGAGCUUGAGGAGGAUCUUGAUGACGUUGACGAUGAUCAAGGAUCGUAUCAGGGCUUCGACGAUGAUGAGGAUCUCAUUGAACCUUGGGGAUGGGAUGGUGAUGAGCCCCCACUGCCCCGUGGACAUCAUCACCACCGCUUCCGUCCUCAGCCAGGAUGGGCUGCAGUCACGGGAAUCAUGCCCGGCCGAAGUGGAAUCGUUCCAGUUCAACCAUACCGGUUCCAUCGUACCCAGAUUCCUGCUCGAGGAUCUGACGACGGCACAAAUCCCCUGCUUGUUCGGACAGAUCGCGGACCGGAAGCUGGUCAACCCCGAGGGCCUGGAAACGAAGCUUUCACAGAUUGGGUCCAUGGUAUGGAGCCAGUGUCUGCCGGGCGCUCCAUCCCCAUGGAUAGUCCAGUCAGCUUCAUGAACGCCAUUAUGCAAGCCAUCGGCGGACAAGGCGCACCAGGGUUCGGAGUCAUCACCCGCCCAGACGGAAUCCACGUUCACGUUGAUCGUCGAGCUCUUUUGCCCAAUCGCAUCCAGGAUAUGUUUGGUCUCGGUAGACAACAGGCUCCUCCUUCUCGCACCCGGGAUGACCCGUCUCAAGCCGUGAGCUUCGCUCUGGCGACAACCAGGAGCCGCUGGCAAGAGGAGGCCCGCAUUUUGUUUAGCGGUACCUACGUGGAGAAGACCCAGCGCGUGGUCAACUCCUUGUUGAAGGUUUUGGUACCUCCUGCGAUUGAAGAGGAGAAGGAACGGAAAAAGCAGGAAGAAGAGGAACUCAAGCGACGAGAGGAAGAGCGAGCCGAGCGAGAACGCCAAGAGCGAAUCGCCCGUGAAGAAGAGGAGAAGGAACGGAAGCGCAAGGAGGAAGAAGAGAAUGCUAAGCGACAGCAAGAGCUGGAGCAACAAGAAGCAGAGCGGCAGGCUUCAGGGGCUGUUUCCGAGCCCAUGGAUGACGUUCAACAGACGGACGCCUCCGGUGAACCUGCCGCAGCAUCGGGCCCGGCUGAAAGUGGCCCCUCUGAGCCCGAGCGCCGAGUGCACACAACUAUUAGAGGCCGUCAACUUGACAUCACCGGCAUGGAGAUCGAUCCUGAGUAUCUUGAGGCCCUUCCCGAGGAGUUGAGAGAAGAGGUGAUUAUGCAACAACUCGCAGAGCAGCGUUCUCAAGCCACCGCGGCCGGCGAAGAGCCUAGUGAAAUCAACCCUGAGUUCCUGGAGGCAUUGCCCCCAGAGAUCCGUGAAGAACUCCUCCAGCAAGAAGCGGCCGAUCGUCGCCGCCGAGAACGUGAUAGUGCACGACGACAAGCGGUACCCACGGGUGCUGCUCCUCCUCCGACUCAUGCCGACGACAUGGAUCCUGCUAGCUUCCUUGCCACUCUAGACCCAUCCUUACGCCAGGCCGUUCUUGCUGACCAGCCUGAGGAGAUCCUAGCAACGUUGGGCCCGGAGUUUGUUACCGAAGCGCGUGCUCUUCCUGGAAGACGACUUACACAAUUUGGUGAUAUCCAUAGAUCCGAGCAUCGCCAUAGACAUGAACCAGCCCAGGACGACCAAGAGCCGAAGAAGCAACAACGGCGUCAAAUUGUUCAGAUGCUAGACAAAGCCGGCAUUGCCACUUUGCUUCGCUUGAUGUUCAUGCCCCUGCAGGGUAAUGCGCGCCAUCAACUCAAUGAUAUCCUCCACAAUGUCUGCGAGAAUCGCCAGAACCGAAUGGAGGUGAUCAGCUUGCUACUGUCUGUUUUGCAGGACGGCAGCUCCGAUGUCUCUGCAAUUGAGCGCAGCUUUGCUCAACUUUCGCUGCGUGCCAAACCUUCCUCGGUUCAGAAGACGCCGCAGUCUGCCAAGCGCAGCCUUGCCUUCCAGACAUCUUCGAGCGUCAGCAGCGAAGUGACACCGAUCAUGGUGGUUCAGCAGUGUUUGGGCACGCUUUCUUUCCUUUCUCAGUACAACCCUCAUAUUGCGUGGUUUUUCUUGACUGAACAUGACCCCUCGUCGACACUCAAGUUGAAGGCUUUCCGCAAGGGCAAAGGCAAGGAGAACAAGGCCAACAAGUUCGCUCUUAACGCGCUGCUCACUCUACUGGAUCGGAAGUUGAUCAUGGAAAGCCCCAACUGCAUGGAGCAACUGUCCAGCCUCCUUAGCAGCAUUACGCAGCCUCUCACCCUGCUUCUGCGUCGCGAGAAAGAGAAGCAAGAGGAAGAAGCUAAGGGCAAGAAGGCUGAAAAGACUGAAGAUCAAACACAACCGGAGGAUCAAGAACAGCGCCCUCAGACUUCAGAAGCCACGGGACCUCCGGACGCAACCAUGACGGAUGUCCCAGAGGGCACCGACUCACAAGGCGCAGUUGACUCGGCUCAGACUCAAGAGAACAAGGCGACCGAAGACAAUAAGACCGAAACAGCCAAGGGAACGACUCAAGAGGAAAAGCACAAGAAGAAAACCAUCGAACCCCCUGUUGUUCCCGACCACAAUUUGCAGCUGGUGGUCUAUAUUCUGGCUGCGCGUGAGUGCAAUGGCAAGACAUUCCGGGAAACACUGUCGACCAUCAACAACCUUUCGGCCGUCCCAGGGGCAAGAGAUGUCAUCGGAAAUGAGUUGGUCAGCCAGGCUCAAACAUUGAGCACCACUAUCUUGACCGACCUGGACGAAUUGUUGACCCACAUCGACCAAGCUCAAACUGGCACUGAUAUGCAGGGCCUGGCUUUGGCCAAGUUCUCGCCAGCAAGCUCCGACCAGGCGAAGUUAUUACGCAUCCUGACGGCCCUUGACUAUUUGUUUGAUCCGAACCGUGCCGACAAGGUCAAAGGUGCUGAGCCCGAUAACACGUCCAAGGAAGAUGUUUUGCAAACCUUGUAUGAGAGUUCGACGUUUGGACCUUUGUGGACCCGGUUGGGUGAAUGCUUGACCCUCAUUCGGCAGAAGGAGAACAUGCUGAACGUGGCUACUAUUCUCCUGCCUCUGAUUGAGGCCUUGAUGGUUGUGUGCAAGAACACCACUCUGAAGGAUACUUCGCUUUCCCGGAAUAGCCGAGAAUUGUCUGUGUCGAGUUCUUCGGUUGAGGCUGGCGUGAACAUGGAGAGCCUCUUCUUCAAGUUCACUGAGGAGCACCGCAAGAUUCUCAAUGAACUUGUUCGUCAAAACCCUCGCCUGAUGAGCGGCACCUUCUCCCUGCUUGUGAAGAAUCCCAAGGUCCUGGAGUUUGACAACAAGCGCAACUACUUCACGCGCCGAAUCCACUCCCGCGGUGCCGAACCUCGUCACCCUCAUCCUCCUCUCCAGCUCUCUGUCAGGAGAGAUCAAGUUUUCCUCGAUUCGUUCAAGUCUCUCUAUUUCAAGACGGCGGAUGAGCUGAAAUAUGGCAAACUGAAUGUUCGCUUCCAUGGAGAAGAGGGUGUUGAUGCCGGAGGUGUGACAAGAGAAUGGUUCCAAGUGCUUGCUCGUGGCAUGUUUAACCCCAACUAUGCCUUGUUCAUCCCCGUUGCUGCCGAUCGCACGACCUUCCAUCCCAAUCGCCUGAGUGGUGUCAACUCGGAGCACCUGAUGUUCUUCAAGUUUAUCGGACGCAUCAUCGGCAAGGCCUUGUACGAGGGCCGAGUCCUUGACUGUCACUUCAGUCGUGCGGUUUACAAGUGUAUUCUCGGUCGGUCAGUGUCUAUCAAGGAUAUGGAAACGCUCGACCUCGACUACUACAAGUCUCUUCUCUGGAUGCUUGAGAACGACAUCACCGACAUCAUCACCGAAACUUUCGCCGUGGAGACCGAUGACUUUGGAGAAAAACAGGUCAUUGAUCUUAUCGAGAAUGGAAGCAACAUCCCGGUGACUCAAGAGAACAAGGAGGAAUACGUGCAGCGUGUUGUCGAUUAUCGCUUGGUCAGAUCCGUCAAAGAGCAGCUUGACAACUUCCUCAAAGGAUUCCAUGAAAUCAUUCCGCCCGAUCUUAUCUCCAUCUUCAAUGAACAGGAGCUUGAGCUGUUGAUCUCUGGCCUUCCCGAGAUCGAGGUGGAUGACUGGAAGGUCAACACCGAGUACCAUAACUACUCGGCCUCGUCGCCCCAAAUCCAGUGGUUCUGGCGUGCCGUCCGUUCCUUCGAUAAGGAAGAGCGGGCCAAGCUGCUCCAGUUCGUCACAGGCACAAGUAAGGUUCCACUCAACGGCUUCAAGGAACUAGAAGGUAUGAAUGGUGUGAGUCGGUUCAACAUUCAUCGCGAUUAUGGCAACAAAGAUCGCCUUCCAAGCUCUCACACAUGCUUCAACCAACUUGAUCUUCCGGAAUACGAGAGUUACGAGACUUUGAGGCAACGUCUGUAUACUGCAAUGACAGCGGGCAGCGAAUAUUUCGGAUUUGCAUAAAUUGCUAGCGCUAUCCCCUUUUGUUGGCCUAGGCCGAUGACUUGACGAGUCUGCGUGUUUUGCUUCAUAAUUUUUUUUGUUUCUUUGUUUUUACUUUGUCUUUGCUCUAUUGCAGGUGCAUUUGACGGCGUUCGACGCAUCUUAUUCCAACUAGUUUGUACCAUUUGGGUUGAUUGUUACUGGAGGAAGCGGCGGAGGAAGCGAGAGCUGUGGCCGGAACACUGGUUGAAGUGCAGGUCAGCCAGGAUUCACGGUGAUAGAGCAGUCAAUUCUUUGGUCGCGAAGGCAAAAAAAACUUUCAUUGUGUUUAUCAUUUGUUUCCUGGAAUUUCUUCUGCAUGUAUGUAUUCAGGGUUUGUCUACAGCAAUGCAAACCAAUCCACUUCGC